AACUGAAAAGGCGCCGGAAGUGGCUGCGCUUCGGCCGGUGUGUGUUCGAUACUAGCAAGUUGCCAUGGAGCCGGCCGGGCUCUGUGGUUUCUGCCCGGCCGGUGAGGCCCAGCCAGCGCGCUACACCUGUCCACGCUGUAAUGUGCCCUACUGUUCGCUGCGCUGCUACCGCGCCCAUGGUGCCUGCGCCGAAGACUUCUACCGUGACCAGGUGCUCAGAGAGCUCCGUGGCCGCAGCGCCUCGCCCAGCCGCCUGGCAGGCGCCCUACGCCGGCUGCGUGAGCAACGCGAGACCGAGGACGAGCCCGAGGAGGCAGGCCUGAGCACUGGCCCCGCACCCGGCUGCCUUUCAAGACUCUGGGAAGGGUUGGCGCCGGCGGAGAAGGCGGCCUUCGAGCGGUUGCUGAGCCGCGGCGAGGCCGGGAAGCUGCUACCCCCGUGGCGACCGUGGUGGUGGGACCGCGGGGCCGGGCCGCGGCUUCUGGAGGAGUUGGAUGGUGCCCCCAGUAGUGAACCCGCCGCCCCCGCGGAGCCGGUUCCUGGAGACGCCCCCAGGGCCUACAAGCCCGCUGUGCCGCCCCGCAUCCCCGCCCUGGCCAGCCUGAGCCGCUGCCCGGCCUCACCGCUCGUGCGCUUCCAGCUUCCCAACGUGCUCUUCGCUUAUGCGCACACUCUGGUCCUUUAUCAUGGCGGGGACGAUGAGCUGCUCUCCGACUUCUGUGCCACGCUGCUGGGUGUUUCUGGAGCCCUGGGCGCCCAGCAAGUCUUCGCUUCUGCGGAGGAAGCCCUGCUGGCCGCAGCCAACGUGCUGGAAACCGGCGAGCACCCACCAGGGCCCCUGGGUACACGGGGUGCUAUGCAAGAGGCCGCCCGCAUCCUGCUGGGCGAGGGUCCUGCCAACCAGAAAGGCUACACGCUGGCAGCAUUGGGGCAUCUGGCGCAGACCCUGGGCAGGGCCAGGAAACAGGUCAAUGCUAGGGAAGAGCGAGAUCGCCUCUUCCGGGCUCGGAAGAAGUGCCAGUUUCUGCUGGCCUGGACCAAUGAAAACGAGGCUGCCCUGACACCUUUGGCUUUAGACUGCACCAGGGCCCACCGAGCCCAUACGGUGGCAGCGGAGGAGGUGGCAGCACUCACUGGGGAGCUGGAGCGCCUUUGGGGAGGACCUGUGCCACCUGCCUCGAGGACUCUCAUUGAGGAGCUUCCUGGCUGAUCUGGGGACCCUUGUUUUAAUAAAACUAUGACUGGUCUGCCCAAACUGUUGGCAGUUCCCA